CGAUGAAGAUGUGUUUUCCUCGGGCUGAUGGCGAUGGCUUGAUUGGCGCUUCGUGUGUCUUGUCUCAAAAUUUCACCUGAUCCGCUGGCCGACCUGCCCCUGCGUUGGACGAGGAGCUCCGGGCUCAGCCUGGUCGCCACUCAUCCAUCAUGUGCGGACGCAUGGCAUGCGCCCUGAACAAGGCGUCGCUGUUGCACGCCUGCCAGUACCAGGACGAUGCCGGUCGCUACUGCAACCCCAAGUGGGUGGACCUGAACAGCCGCGGCGAGUACCGGCCAUCGUACAACAUCUCUCCCAGGAACUACCACCCUGUGAUGCUGAGCAGCGUUCACGUGCCCAAGGGUGCCAGGGGCCGGACGGGCCACCGGAUCAUGAUGAGCCCCAUGCGCUGGGGACUCGUCCCUUCGUGGUUCUCGGGUGAGCCGCAGAACUUCAUCUUCAACACGGUGAACUGCCGCCUCGAGAGUUGCAUGGACCGGCGCAGCUUCAAGGGCGCCAUCGCCGCCGAGAGACGCUGCGUGGUUGUCGCCGAAGGGUUUUUCGAGUGGAAGACCGAGGAGAACGGCAACAAGCAGCCGUACUACGUGUACUUCAAGCAGCCCCGGGGCAUCGACAUGACGAGGCGUGAAUGGGACGGCGUGACCGACGCGCACCAGCUCAUGCACAACGGGCACUGGAUCGGGCCACGCCUGCUCACCAUGGCGGGAUUAUUCGACGUCUCCACCUCCAAGGACGUCCUGUACAGCUACACCAUUCUGACCAUGGACUCUCCUCGCUAUCUGCAGUGGCUUCACAACCGUGUGCCCCUCAUCCUGGACGGUGAUGAGGCGGUGGCAUCGUGGUUGGACCCCAACUAUUCCUUCGAAGAGCUGACUUACUCGGUGCGGUGCCCGCCAAACCUGGUGUGCCACCCGGUCUCACCCAGCGUGGCCAAGGUGACCAACAACACGGUCGAGUGUGUGCUGCCUUACAACAACGGAGAGGAUAAGGGUCACAGCCAAGUGGUGGCCACGCCCAAGAAACGCGCUUCCAAAUCGCCCACUAAACCUGUCAAGAAGGCGCACAGGAGCCGCUCCCGGUCGACCGUCAGGUCGGCCAGCUUCCGCUCAUCCCGCUCUUCGUCGUCGAGCGUCCGCUCUCGCCACCGCUCCCGCUCCAGGAACGCGUCGGGGGCGGUGCGCAGACGCUCCAAGCCGCGCCACCGCGCAGCCUCCGACUCCUCCGAGCGCCGCCAGCGUAAGCACUCGCACAGACGCAGCGACUCGCACCGCCACGGCCGUACAUACUGA